CACAAGAUGAACGGUAACAUGUCAAAUUUCACCGGGGGAAACUGGACGGAGCACGAAACCUUCUGGCCGUGCACCCGCUGGCACCUCGAAAAUGACAUCGACUACGACCUGGCAAUAGCCGCGUGUUCUCAUCUCCCCACCCCGUUCCUGGAGGAAAACAGGAAAGUCGGGAUCGCCGCCGCCGUAGUUGGGACAAUCAGUCUCCUCACUAACGGCGUGGUUUUAUCCUGCAUCCUGAAAAGCCAGCAUCUGACGGGAAUCAUGUACCUGUUCAUGGCAAACCUCGCCGCGGCGGACUGCGUGGCGGGCUUGUUCUCGUUCUUCAUCUGCGGCGUUCUGCAGUGGGAGCUCCCGCCAUAUCUGACACUGGUGGGCGUGUUUUGUCUCUUCUUUUUCGUGCUGGUCCUAUCAGCAGUUGGAGUAGUCCUCCUGUCUAUAGAUCGUUAUCUGGCCAUCCUCCACCCGAUAUUCUACCAGACCCGUAUGACUGGACGACACGUUGCCGUGAGUUUGGGGAUCGCCUGGCCAGUCUGUGCACUCGUCUGCCUUUCUCCUCUCAUGGGCUGGAACUGCUUCAAUGUGACAUCAGAGAACUGCACGAAAUAUCUGCCGGUGGCCUACCUGAUUCUGCUGAACACUGUCCUGUUCCUGUCCGUGGUGUUCGUGGUCUUCGUCAACGCCGGAAUCCUGAUCGCGCUAAAGCGACGGCUCUCCAAGACCAGGCCGAUGGAGGACCCCCGAGACGAUCUGCCCGCCGCGCGCCGCAGAGACCAGCGAGUCGCGAUGAGACAACACCGGCAGCUCAAUAGCAGCUUGAAGAAGUCCAUGACCGUUGUGAUGAUCGCAGUGGCGUUCAUCAUCACCUGGCUGCCAAUAUGCAUCGGAGGCGUGAAGCAAAUUUCGUGCAUUGUAAGAGAAGACUGUGAGAUCGCUGCAAAGCCCUACUGGGGGUUGUUGAUCGCUCUCUUUGGUUCGGUGACGAAUCCGAUCAUCUACGCGUUCCGUCUGAAGAAGGUUCGCGGGGUUGUGAAGCGGGGGGCGAGGCGACUCGCCCGCGCGGUUCGCGAGAAGUUCGGGUGGUCAACAGAUCAUGUGAUGAACAUUAACAUCGUUGGAAGUGGCCGUGCGGUGGACGCCGCAGGACCGAGUACGGACAGCCGGUCUCCCGCACGGACAGACAGACAGACAACAACGGACAGUUCGAGAAACGCGCAUGACCCGAACUCUCUAGACGUGCCCUUUGUAGCCUCAACAAAGUCGGUGAAAAUGUCUGCGGUUAAAACUCCGAUCAACAUGUAAAGUAAGGCCACAUUUUUGACCAGUUACGAUUUAUUCUUUUUGCACACUUAAUCUGAAUGAAAUGUAAAUAUUUGUAUAAAGCGCCCAC